CUCAUGUUCACGUCUCCCAUAUAGUCAGACAUUGAAGAACUGAGACAGCCACUCCUUUUUUUUAAGCUGAUUCUAAUGAUCGGUAGGGCGACUUGGCCACAGAUUAACACUGGCAUGGUGCAACUAGACGAUGAAGAUGUGGUGUGUAAGCGAGAAGUUAAGGAGACCGCUUCAAUUCGGCCUCGACGUCGACGUCUGAGUAGUUGUGACUCGGAUAGCUCCAGCAUGGCCUCCUGUGUCACUGCUGUGAUAUGUGACCUAACAAAUACCACAAGGUAUAAACGCCAGCUUGCCACGGAUUUCGAACCCAGAGACAAACAGGCUAAACGCCCACGAGCCAAUAAGGCUGCUCUUCGCAAGCAUGAGCGGUUUUGGCUUGCAGACGGAAAUGCUAUCAUUGAACUUGACGAUAUAUGCUUCAGGGUGCAUCAAUCAUGGAUAAUGAAACAUUCAAAACGGGUUGCAGCCAUACUUCCCGACAGAACACAAGGCGACAGACUCGAAGAGAUUACACUCGAUUUUUGUGGCGUGCUCAAAGCAAUAGAUUUGGAGGCACUGCUUUCGUUCUAUGAAAACCCUGGGGACUACCGCGAUUACAUCGAGACUCCCACACUGAUAUCUCUCAUCCGCGCAGCGACAAUACUUGGUUUUGACAGUGAUCGUGCAUGGCUCGUGAGGGAGUUGGAAGCGCUUUGGCCGUCUAACCUUGGAGAGCUAUUUGUCAACCCAGAACCGCGCCUUGAUGCUCCAGAGGUGGCUUGCCUUGCACGGACGUGUAAUAUUGAUUCGCUGUUAAAACCUGCGUUCUACGAUAUGGCAAGAGCACCCGGAUUCGGUCUGGACAGACUGGACGAGUCAGAGCAGAUUAGUCGUUCGGAUCUACUACGCCUUGUUCGGAUGAGAGAGUAUCUGAGUGGAAUGUGGGCUCAGGUAGCUGCGCACGAGGAUCCUACCUUUGUUUGCCAAAAUCUCCGGCCUGGGGCUGCAGCAUCAAUCAAUGACGAAGGACCCUCAAGUCUAUCUAGAAAUACUACCGGAAAAACUACACUUUGCCCUGCCUCCUCUGCGAUGUAUAGCCACUGCCUCUCGGCGACGAUACGACGCAAGGCGUGGGUUCGGCUUGUCCACUACUCAGACGUUUUCGCCCAGUAUCGGUACGACCCACUGCGCGGACUAGCGGCGUUGACGAACAUCGCGUGGACGGAUGAAUGGUGCAAGGAUUGCGUAAAGAAAAGGAAAUCUGAUUGGUAUAAAAUGCAGAGGAAAAUCUGGGAGGUUGUUGGUGAAUACUUGAAGGAAGAAUGACGAGUGGGUGCUGCAGCAAGUGACCUUACUUGCUAAGUGUCUUGCACCUCCCAUGGUUUAAAAUUUUGCACACAUAAUGUACAUUUCUUGCUAAUUGUCUUGCUAGAGUUGCGCUGGAGUUCACCCGCUUUGUGCUGGAAUGCACAGUGUUCAAUUAUGUCAGGCCAGGUCCAUUUAUUAAACAGGUCCGAAGUUAGUAUACAGUUUUAUCAAUCUCCAUUAUCACUUCGUGAGGCUCUCCUCUGUUGUUCAUAUGGCUUUUCGUUCCCCAUCAUGAUCUCAAACUGCUUGAUUCAAUGCUCUUUCAGCAUCUGGCCGUCUGCUCCUUGAUUACUCAAUAUUCCAUUCAAUAUUCGAAUAACCCAUGUCCAUGGCCAUAAUUGUAUCUGCAAUAAUUUUCGCAAUGAGCUUCUCGUCCGUCAUUCCACCUGCAUCAACUUCAGUCCCGUGGGCAGAAUUUCGCCCUG